GCACGAUAGCAUCUGAAAUUCUGAAUACCUAUGUGUGGGAGAAAACUCGAUCCUAUAUACUAAACCCUGAAUUGUUAAUGAAAUGAUGAAAAUAAUAACAGGCGGAGAAUGUGGUCAUAAUCAUAUACUUCUUGUUCCUCUUUCCGACGCCUAAAGGAUUAAUUUUAACAAGAUCUCCUUCCCAAGUCCUGUCCAGACUUAUCUGUCUUCUUGUUCAGUUGGUCUGUUCAAGUUCAAACUGAGCUGCUCUCUCAGAAGCAAUGGAGGAGAGAAGGCCCCAACUUCAGAUCCAGAGAGUAAAACUGGGAACCCAGGGAUUAGAGAUUUCCAGAAUGGGCUUUGGCUGUGUGGGACUCUCUGGACUAUACAAUGCUCCUCUCUCCCAUGAAGCUGGAUGUUCAGUAAUCAUUGAUGCUUUUCAUAAGGGAGUCACAUUUUUUGAUACAUCAGACUUGUAUGGAGCAAAGCAUGACAAUGAGAUCAUGGUGGGGAAGGCCUUGAAACAGCUUCCACGAGAAAAAGUCCAAUUAGCAACCAAGUUUGGAGUAAGAAUGCUAGAUGAUGGUGAAAAAGUAGUUAAUGGUUCCCCUGAAUACGUACGGGAAUGCUGUGAAGCUAGCCUUAAGCGCCUUGAUUUAGACUAUAUUGAUCUAUACUAUCAGCAUCGCGUUGACACAACAAUUCCUAUAGAGGACACUAUGGGGGAGCUUAAGAAGCUAGUGGAAGAGGGAAAGAUAAAGUACAUUGGGUUAUGUGAAGCUAGUCCUGACACAAUAAGGAGGGCCCAUGCAGUUCACCCUAUCACUGCUUUGCAGAUGGAGUAUUCACUGUGGUCUCGUGAUAUUGAGGAAGAGAUAAUUCUGCUUUGCCGAGAACUCGAUAUUGGGAUCGUAGCAUAUAGCCCUCUUGGUCGUGGUUUCUUUGGUGGAAAGGCAGUUGUGGAAAGCCUACCUACAGAUAGCAUCUUGGUUGGGCAUUCGAGGUUCACAGGAGAGAACUUAGAGAAGAACAAACUACUGUAUACUUGCAUUGCGAAUUUGGCAACAAAGUAUGGUUGCAGCCUUCCUCAGCUUGCACUUGCAUGGGUUCUUCAUCAAGGGGAUGAUGUGGUUCCAAUCCCAGGGACAACUAAGCUUAGCAAUCUAGAUGGAAAUAUUGGCUCCUUGGUAGUGAAACUAAUGGCAGAAGAUGUCAAAGAGAUUUCUGAAGCUGUGCCUAUUGAUGAAGUAUCAGGUGCUAGAAUCUAUGAGAAGAUAUACUUGCACUCAUGGAAGUUUGCAAAUACACCUGCUAAAAAUAGCAACCUCCUGGCAUAAGAUGUGAUUACCGUCAAUCACUACUAUCCUUGGCCUUAUAAGAGAUUUUAAAUCCUUGAUUAUAUAUGUUCUAAAUAUAAUUUAUUGCCACUUGAGUAGCACAUUUCUUUUUCACACCAUCAACAAUGUAAAACAGGCACAAUAUAGAAAUUUAUCAACUUUGAUGAGGUAUAUGUUCCAAAAAGAUGGGUGUUUGAGAUUGUAAUAGACAUGACAAUUAUUGACUGUACCAGCCACAAGCAACUGGUUAUGUUUGUAUUUGGGUUAGUUAGAGCUUUUGAAUGUUUUAAUUUUCGCUUGUUCUUUCAA